AUGUUUAAGUUACAAUACAUGAGGUUGCGAUCGCGGUACAUGCUUUUCUGCUUUAUCGCAGUCUUUUCAUUUAGCGUUUUGUUCUUAAUGUUUCAAAACAGUCUGAGCCGCCCGGCCAUCGAGACCUUGGUCACUGAAACGCACAAGCAAAUUAACAACUUCAAAAACUUCAAAGACAAUUUGAAGGUAGCCGAGCAAAAGGAAUUGGUGGUUAAUGAAGACUAUCUGUACGCAUUGGGUUUUGUAGCGAAACCGGCCAUUUACCCAGAAUCUUGGAAGAACACUACUCUACCCAUUGUAGUCACAUACGUGUUGGAAGAUGAACACAGCCAAGCUAUUGGACUCGUGAUAUGUGUGACCAAGUACUUGCCUGACCGUGCAAUACUUAUGCAAUUAUUUUGUAAUAACAACACUCGGUGUACAAUUAUCGAUUUUGAUCUAUCAAAAUUUCCAUCUCAUGUAAGCCGUACACAUAUCAAAGCUUAUCGACCUCUUGUGUUACAGGACGCAUUGAAUCGUGCUGGUGCCGUGAUGUUUCUUGAUCCAAAUGUUCGGAUAAUAUCUCCAAAUGUUUCAAAACUUUUCACGCUCUACAGCAACAAAUCUAUUGUCGGCUGGGAGACAAGAAUGGCCACAACAACGCUCACACACCCAAAAAUGUUUGAUUACUUUCGAACACCUGCAGACAAUUUUUUCUUCCUUCCCCUAGUCCUAGUCAACAAACUGAUUGUGUACAACACUCUUGACAUGCAUCAAGACAUCAUGUUGCCGUGGAUUCAAUGUGCCCUCAUCAGUGAAUGCAUAUCACCCAUAGGGGCGCAGACUAAAGGGUGUAGAUACAACAAGAAACCACAGUACAGAUAUUCAAGUUGUCAUGGGUAUGAUGUGUCAGCAUUCAACAUUGUGUUAGGUAUACACUAUCAGUUCGAUAGUACACCUUAUGUCAUCAAAGAAAAUGAAGAUGAUUUUUUCACUCAAGUUUCCACGAGUGAGGCUCAAAAAGAUCUACAAAACUGGAUUUUGAACAUAACAGAUACGCCAGCAGUGACGUAA